AUGCGAAGAGAAGAAACAGGCAGUGAGAUGAAGGAAAAGAAGGCGUCUAUACUGUCCAUUUUCAUGCUUGCAGACGGCGUGGAUAUGCUGUUGAUGGGCUUGGGGUUCAUCGGAGCCCUUGGUGAUGGCUUCUCUUCACCUUUGCUGUUGCUUGUGACUGGUAAAUUGAUUAACAGCGUUGGCAAUGCAUCACCUGAAAACCUAGAUUACUUAAACCGUAACCUAAACAAGAUUACACUGUAUAUGAUGUAUAUAGCUUGUGAAAGUUGGCUUGCUUGCUUCCUAGAGGGAUACUGUUGGACAAGAACAGGAGAAAGGCAAGCAACAAGAAUGAGAGCAAGAUAUUUGAAAGCAGUGUUAAGGCAAGAUGUUGAAUACUUUGAUUUGCAUGCCGCAUGCACAGCAGAGGUCACCACAAGCGUCUCUAAUGACAGUCUUAUCAUUCAGGAUGUUAUAAGCGACAAGCUCCCGAUAUUUUUGGUCAGUGUUGCCACAAUUUUGGGUAGCUAUAUAGUAGGAUUCGUGAUUCUAUGGAAGCUAACCAUUAUUGCCUUUCCCUUUGUUGUGCUUCUGGUGAUUCCUGGAUUAAUCUGUGGAAGGAUUCUGAUGAGUUUAGCCAGGAACAUAAGAGAAGAAUACAACAAGGCUGGAACAAUUGCAGAACAGGCAAUCUCUUCUAUAAGAACUGUUUAUUCAUUUGUUGGUGAAACCAAAACCCUCAGUGAAUUUUCUUCAGCCCUGGAAGGUUCAAUCAAGCAGGGGUUAAAGCAAGGAUUGACUCAAGGCUGGGCCGUCGGAGGCAACAACAUCAUUUUUCCUGUUUGGGCUUUAGUAGCUUAUUUUGGUAGCAGAAUGCUCAUGUACCAUGGAGCUGAAGGAGGCGCUGUGUACGUCGUCGCUGGCACCAUGUGUGCCGCCGGCCUGGCAAUCGCAUCAAGUUUAUCUUAUCUAAAGUCCAUAUCAGAAGCCUUUUCAGCGGGAGAGCGUAUGAUGGAAGUAAUGCAAAGAGUUCCAAAGAUUGAUUCAGAAAACCUGGAAGGCCAAAUCCUGAAAAAUGUUUCAGCGGCCGUUGAGUUUAAGCAUGUGGGAUUUGCAUACCCAUCAAGGCCUGAAAGCAUGAUUUUCAAAGACUUCAGCCUGAAAAUUCCUGCAGGAAAGACAGUGGCCUUGGUGGGUAGUAGUGGAUCUGGGAAAUCAACAGUGAUUUCACUGUUACAAAGGUUUUAUGACCCAACCGGGGGUGAAAUUCUUCUUGAUGGAGUCUCUAUUCAUAAAUUGCAACUCAAGUGGCUCAGGUCACAAAUGGGGUUGGUGAGCCAAGAGCCUGCACUAUUCGCAACAACAAUUAAAGAGAACAUACUUUUUGGCAAGGAAGAAGCCAUCAUGGAAGAGGUUGUUGAAGCAGCCAAAGCUUCAAAUGCUCAUAAUUUUAUCCUUCAAUUGCCUCAGCAGUAUGAUACCCAGGUUGGGGAGAGAGGAGUUCAAGUGUCAGGAGGACAAAAGCAAAGAAUCGCCAUUGCGCGGGCAAUAAUCAAAUCGCCACGAAUCCUUCUCCUAGAUGAGGCAACAAGUGCACUGGAUUCUGAAUCCGAGCGUAUCGUUCAGGAAGCCUUAGACAAAGCCGCCGUUGGACGCAGCACCAUCAUCGUUGCCCACCGUCUCUCCACCAUCUGUAACGCCGACGUGAUCGCCGUCGUCCAAAAUGGCCAAGUCAUGGAAACCGGUUCCCACGACGAGCUCAUACAAGAUGAAAAUGGCCUCUACACUUCAUUUGUUCGUCUUCAACAAACUGAAAAAGAACAAACAACAGUCUCAGAAGAAACGUUGAAGAUAAAUCUCAAUACUUCGACCAUGCACGUGCCAAGCUUCCGAGUUAAUCCCACAACAGAUUAUGAUGGUGAUGAUCAAAGAAAAAGCAACUUAGAAGAUUACAAGAACAAUCUGUCGGCGCCAUCUUUUAGAAGAUUGUUAGUUUUGAAUCUUCCUGAAUGGAAGCAAGCAAUCUUGGGGUGUUUAUGUGCAGUCUUGUCCGGUGCGGUGCAACCUGUUUAUGCCUUCAUUGCUGGGUCUUUGAUAUCUGUUUUUUUCCUGAAAGAUCACGAUGAGAUUAAAGAAAAGACGAGGAUUUAUGCUUUGUCUUUCCUUGGGUUCGCAGUAUUUUCCGUGCUAAUAAAUUUAAGCCAACAUUACAAUUUUUCUCUCAUGGGAGAGCGCUUGACCAAGAGGAUCAGAGAGAAGAUGUUUUCAAAGAUUCUCACUUUCGAAGUUGGAUGGUUUGAUCAAGAUGACAACUCUAGUGGUGCCAUUUGCUCUCGUCUAGCCAAAGAUGCAAAUGUGGUGAGAUCUUUGGUGGGUGACCGUAUGUCUCUUAUUAUACAAACCAUUUCAACAAUAACAAUAGCCUUCACCAUGGGCCUUGUCAUUGCAUGGAGGCUUGGUUUAGUGCUGAUAGCAGUCCAACCAAUAAUAAUUUUAUGCUAUUAUACUAGAAAUGUUCUGCUGAAAAGCAUCUUAAAGAAGGCCAUGAAAGCUCAAGAAGAAAGCGGCAAGAUUGCUGCCGAGGCCGUCUCCAACUUGAGAACCAUCACAGCUUUCUCCUCCCAAAACCAUAUCCUGAAAUUUUUUCAAAAGGCUCAAGAAGGACCACGAAAAGAGUAUGCUAAACAAGCAUGGUAUGCAGGUUUAGCUCUUGCCUUCUCCCAAAGCUCAGCAUCCUGCACUAGGGCUCUAGCUUUUUGGUACGGUGGAAAGCUUAUUGCACAGGGUUACAUCUCUUCCAAGGCUCUUUUCGAGACCUUCAUGAUCCUUAUGAGCACAGGCUAUCUCAUUGGUAAUGCUGGUAGCAUGACUAGAGACCUCGCAAAAGGCUUAGAUGCUGUUAAAUUAGUCUUCGCUAUAAUGGAUCGACACACAAGAAUUGAGCUCGAAGAUCCUGAAGGUUGCCAGCCUGAAAAAUUAAUUGGUCAUAUAGAACUUCAAGAUGUACAUUUUGCCUAUCCUGCGAGACCUGAUGUGAUGAUUUUCCAAGGCUUUUCACUCAACAUUGAAGCUGGAAAAUCAAUCGCAUUAGUUGGAAAAAGUGGAACCGGGAAAUCAACUAUCAUAAAUCUGAUUGAACGUUUUUAUGAUCCCCUAAAAGGUGUUGUGAAAAUUGAUGGUCGAGAUGUAAGAUCAUAUCACCUCAGGUCGUUAAGAAGGCACAUUGCCCUUGUUAGUCAAGAGCCUGUACUGUUUGCAGGUACUGUAAGAGAAAACAUUCUAUAUGGUGUAGUUGGUAAACAAGAUGAAUCUGAGAUUAUUAGGGCAGCCGGAGCAGCCAGCGCUCAUGAAUUCAUCACAGGAUUGAACAAUGGCUAUGAUACAUGGUGUGGGGAGAAAGGAGUACAAUUAUCAGGUGGUCAAAAGCAACGCAUUGCAAUUGCUCGAGCCAUAUUGAAAAAUGCUGCAAUCUUGUUGUUAGAUGAAGCAACCAGUGCACUCGAUAGUCAAUCGGAGAAACUAGUACAAAAUGCACUUGAAUACAUGAUGAUAGGGAAAACUAGUGUCGUGGUAGCACAUAGAUUAAGCACCAUUCAAAAUUGUGAUCUUAUUGCUGUGCUAGAUGAAGGGCAUGUGGUGGAGAAAGGUACUCAGCAAUCCUUGAUGGCAAAGGGACCUCUAGGAGCUUACCAUUCUUUGUUUAGCCUUCAAAGGACAAUAAAAUAAGUAAUGGUCUCUUAACAAUCAAUUAUAGAUUUUCAAUGGUGAGAGUGAGAUAAGUUUUUUUUUUUUUUCUCUUUUUUAAA